AUGUCUGAACAAAAUCAGCAACAACAGCAGGGUGGUAAUAACUACUACCAGCAGUAUUACCAAAACUACAACGCACAACAGGGCUCCCAGGGCUUCAAUCCUCAACAACAGUACGGACAAUACGCACAAUACCAACAAAACCAGCAAGGCCAGCAAAGCCAGCCAUACCAGCAAUAUCAACAAUACCAACCAUAUCAGGGAAACGAUGGCCAAAAUUAUGGUGGUUUCCAGCAAGGUUAUCAGCAGGGUUAUCAACCACAACAAGGCCGUGGUUACAACAGUUACAACCAAGGCUACAACAGUUACAACCAGGGAGGGCACAAUGCUCAGCCACAACAACAGGGAAUGAGUUUAGAAGAUUUCCAGAAGCAGAAGCAACAAAGCACUACUACUGCCAAGCCAAAAAAGUCAUUAAAGUUAGUUUCCAGUUCCGGUAUCAAACUCGCAAAUGCCACUAAGAAGGUUGAUGCUAAGCCUGAAGCCGGUUCUCAGGGGAAAGAAGUAGAUAAAAAGGAGGAAAAGCCAGCUCCAGCAAAGAAAGCCACUGAGACCAAGGCGGAGACCAAGACUGAGACUGAGGUCAAGGAGGAAGCACCAAAGACUGAGGAGGCUCUACCUAAGGUCGAAAAAUUAAAGAUCGAGGAAGACGCAAACACUAACACUACGAAUAGUGCCGAGGCUCUAAUCAAAGAGCAAGAAGAUGAAGUCGAUGAGGAAGUCGUGAAGGAUAUGUUUGGUGGUAAGGACCAUGUCUCCAUCAUUUUUAUGGGUCACGUCGAUGCUGGUAAAUCAACCAUGGGUGGUAACAUCUUAUAUUUAACUGGUUCUGUUGACAAGAGAACCGUUGAGAAGUACGAAAGAGAGGCGAAGGAUGCAGGUAGACAAGGAUGGUAUUUAUCAUGGGUUAUGGAUACCAACAAAGAAGAGAGAAGUGACGGUAAGACUAUUGAAGUCGGUAGAGCUUAUUUUGAGACCGAAAAGAGACGUUAUACCAUUCUAGAUGCUCCAGGGCACAAGAUGUAUGUUUCAGAAAUGAUUGGCGGUGCAUCUCAAGCUGAUGUGGGUAUCCUGGUCAUCUCUGCCAGAAAGGGUGAGUACGAAACCGGUUUCGAGAAGGGUGGUCAAACCCGUGAGCAUGCUCUAUUGGCCAAGACUCAAGGUGUGAACAAGAUGAUCGUUACUAUCAACAAGAUGGACGACCCUACAGUGAACUGGUCACAGGAGCGUUACGAUCAAUGUGUGAAGAACCUAAGCAAUUUCUUAAAAGCCAUCGGUUACAACGUUAAAGAGGACGUCAUCUUCAUGCCCGUUUCCGGUUACAGUGGUGCAGGUUUGAAAGAGCGUGUCAAUCCAAAGGAUUGUCCAUGGUACAGCGGUCCAUCGCUUCUCGAAUACCUGGAUACUAUGAGCCACAUGGAUCGUCGCAUCAACGCACCUUUCAUGUUGCCUAUUGCAGCAAAAAUGAGAGACAUGGGUACCAUCGUUGAAGGUAAGAUUGAAUCUGGUCACAUUAGAAAGGGCCACUCGACUCUCCUGAUGCCAAACAAGAUCAAUGUCGAAAUUCAAAAUAUUUACAAUGAAACAGAAAGUGAAGUUGACAUGGCUAUUUGUGGUGAACAAGUUAAAUUGAGAAUAAAAGGUAUUGAAGAAGAAGAAAUAUCUGCCGGUUUUGUGUUGACCUCUCCAAAGAACCCUAUUAAGAAUGUCACUAGAUUCGUAGCACAAAUUGCCAUUGUGGAACUCAAAUCUAUCAUGUCUGCCGGUUUCUCUUGUGUCAUGCACGUCCACACUGCUAUCGAAGAAGUUACUAUUACCAGAUUACUGCAUAAGCUAGAGAAGGGUACUAACCGUAAGUCUAAGAAACCACCUGCGUUCGCCAAGAAGGGUAUGAAGAUCAUCGCCGUCGUUGAGACUGAAGAACCUGUGUGUGUGGAGACUUACCAGGACUACCCACAAUUGGGAAGAUUCACCUUGAGAGACCAAGGUACCACUAUUGCCAUCGGUAAGAUUGUCAAGAUCUUGGAGUAG